CCUUAAAUCGGAUUCGGGUCGACAAUGCAGCCCCUGAGCCCGACUAAAAAACCACGUGGGAUUUUGCCGGCGGUCCCCCAAAAUCUUAAACUCUCUGCCUUUUGCCCAGACUUUGAAACCUCCGUCGUUUUUCGAUCUACUACAAAUUUCUUCUACGCUUCUCAUCGCUGACUUUCGAAUUAAAUUCUUUAAAAAAAAAAUCAAAAUCAAAAUCAAAAUCUCUGAUGUGCUCUGCUAAUCUUCACCUUAUCAAUCUACGAAUCCAUCGACCGCUAACUCCCUAUUCAAGAUCUUUUAGAUCGCCGAUCUUCGCUAAUGUCUCUCGUUCUGGAUCCAUCGUCAACGCUCGAUCGCCGAAUCACAACCUGGGGUUUCUCCGAUCUCAAUUUCAUAACCUUUCCUUUCUUCCUUCAGCAAUGGACGAUGAUUUUAUGGACGGCUCUUUGGUUUUUGAUGAGGGAGAUGACGGAUCGGGAUUGGAUCCUUAUUAUAUGAUGUAUUCCAGUGGUGAUGAGAGUGAUACUGAUAUGAUGGUGAAUUCAGUUGGUGAUUAUGAACUGCCGUUGAGCGAGAAGCGUCAUGGGGGGACGCCUGAAGGGGCGUUGAAUGUGACGGUGCAUCGGUUUGGUGAGAUUCAGAGAGGGCAUAGGAAGAGAAGGAGAACUCAACAUGGAGUCAUGAUUAAUAUGGGAUUGAUUGCCUUCUUAGCCUUGUUUCUUUCAUUCGUCGACUGGUGUUCAUGGAAGAUUGUUAGACUACCUUUGGAACCUUUUUUCCUGACACAACCUUUUUCGCUAUCAACAGUAAUGGCAGCAUGUGCUGGAUGCAUAUUUGUACCUAUAGCUGAUAGCGUGAGGAUACAAAAGAUGCUUAGAGAACAUGGGCCUGCCAGACAUUCUCAUAGAAAGAGGCUUCCCACACUUGGUGGCUUAUUUUUUAUUCCAAUAGGCCUCGCUAUUGCCAGAAGUGUAGCAGGAAUCAGUUCUGUUCAGGUUAAUGCUGCAGCAUUAGCAACUCUUACAUUUGCAGCAAUCGGGUUGUUUGGUGACGUCAUUAAAUUUAACGAUGACCACAGUUAUCGACGACUCCGAUGGAUUACAUUCUUUCUCAAGGUAGCUGCUGGAACAUGGUUUUCAUUUUGGUUGUAUUCAGUAGACAUGCCAACACCAUACAAAAUGAAGUUCUUGGUGCCUCUUCCCCCACCUCACGGUAUUGCAUAUUUGGGAAAAUAUUAUCUGGUUAUGACAACAUUCUCUUUUGUUGCAAUGGGAAAUGGACUAAAUUUAGCUGAUCGACUUGAUGGUUUGGUAGGAGGGGUUUCUGCAUUGGCUUUUAUAGGGAUGUCUGUUGCUGUUCUCCCCAUAUGUCCUGACCUUGCUAUUUUUGGAGCGUCAAUGGCAGGAGCUUGUAUUGGCUUUCUUUUCCACAACAGGUACAAAGCUUCAAUAUUGAUGGGUGAUAUUGGAUCCCUUGCGUUAGGUGGAGCAUUGGCUGCAAUGGCUGCUUGCACUGGAAUGUUUCUUCCUCUGUUUAUAUCUUCGGGUAUUUUUGCCCUUGAAAUGCUUUCAGUGAUAAUUCAGGCUCUGUUUGUAAAAUCUUCUCAAUUUGCUCGUCGACCGCCGCCUUUGCACUAUCACCUUAAACUAUGGGGGUUGAAAACACCAGUCAUUGUUGCAAGCGCAUAUGCCUUAUCUGGCAUCUUGGCUGUGUUUGCUGGAUAUGUUGGUCUUAUCUCAGCUUGAAGGGCAGACCCCUACAUUCUUGCACAUCUUAUUCUUCAGCUGAGCAUGCAAACCUUAUUUCAGCUGGAGUUGCGGAGCUGAAGUAUUCUUUUACGUUGUUCUUGGCUAUUGAUCUACAACUAACUUUAUAAUUCUUUUGGCGGUAGAUUGUAAAUAACCCCUUCAUUUAUAUCUUUAUUAGCACUGAGCACAUUCUUAGUUCAUGGGGAAGAGAGGUUUAUCUGCAACUUAUCCUUCUCAAAGUGCCAAUCUCAGGAGAGAAAAGUGUUAACGAAUGAGCUAAGGGGUGAUGCAUAUUGCUGAAGGUAUAAAUAUAGGAUCAUCUGCAACUUUUCCUUUUUUUCAGAGUAAGGCUUCUGUUCAGGUUUUUUGCUAAUCAGAUUUUGGUAUUCAAUC